AGCAGGGGUCUCUGCAGUCUAAAGCGAGGAAACGUACUAGCAGAGCUGUGUCCUCUGUUACCUGGAAGUUGUUCUUUGCAAGCAGAAGUCAUUUUAGGUACAUGUGCGUUUGAGCAGGGCUGAUUUACAGUUCAAGUUACAUGUUUCGAAUUAUUUAAGUUUCUAGAUAGAUACAUAUUAUUCGUAAAACCAUCGUUUACACCAGCGGCCGCAGUCAUGAAAUUUGCAUACAAAUUUUCAAAUCUGCUUGGGACAGUAUAUCGUCAUGGCAACCUUAAUUUUUCUCAUGAUGGAAAUUCAGUGAUUAGUCCAGUUGGAAACAGAAUUUCGAUCUUUGACCUCAAAAACAACAAGUCUGAGACAUUGCCGGUGGCUACAACCAAGAAUAUCACUUGUGUCGGGCUCUCCCCUGAUGAAAACCUGGCCAUCCUGGUCGAUGAAGAUGGAGCGGCUGUCCUCGUGAGCCUGAUUACCAGGGCUGUUCUCCAUCACUUCCAUUUCCACAAACCUGUGCAGUGUGUCCGCUUCUCUCCUGAUGGCAGGAAAUUUGUCGUUACCAAAGAUAAUGUGGCUCUUAUGUACCAUGCCCCUGGAAAGAGGAGAGAGUUCAAUGCUUUUGUGCUUGACAAGAGCUAUUAUGGACCAUACGAUGAGACUACUUGCAUAGACUGGACUGAUGAUUCAAAAUGUUUUGUUGUUGGAAGCAAAGACAUGACCACAUGGGUGUUUGGAGCUGAGCGGUGGGCAAACCUGGUGUAUUACUCACUUGGAGGGCACAAGGAUGUAAUAGUUGGGUGCUUCUUUGAAGAGGACAGCCUUGAUCUGUACACUGUGAGUCAGGAUGGAGCAUUAAGUGUGUGGCAGUGUGACACGGAGCUUGAGGGACUAAAACCCAGACCCCCGAAGCAAACAUCAACCGUCCACACAGAGGAGGAUGCUGAGGUUGUGAAAUGCGAUGAGAAUAGGGUGCCCAGAGGAGAGGAGAUUAGAGGAAAUGCCAACAGCCAGGAGCAGGAGGGCAGUGGAAAGGUCAAAUAUAGACGACAGGGAAAGUAUUUUUUUAAUAAGGAAGGUGAGUUCAACAACCUAACAUCUGCUGCCUUCCACAAGAAAACACAUAUCCUGGUGACCGGCUUUGCUUCAGGGAUAUUUCAUCUUCACGAGCUGCCAGAGUUCAACCUCAUCCAUACCCUCAGUAUUUCAGACCAGAGGAUCGCAUCAAUCUCCAUCAACAGUAUGGGUGACUGGAUUGCUUUUGGUUGUGCAGGUCUAGGUCAGCUGCUCGUUUGGGAGUGGCAGAGCGAGUCUUUUGUUCUUAAACAGCAAGGCCAUUUCAACAACAUGGUGGCUCUGGCAUAUUCACCUGAUGGGCAGUACAUUGCCACAGGAGGGGACGAUGGCAAAGUCAAAGUGUGGAACACAAACAGUGGCUUCUGUUUUGUCACUUUUACAGACCACACCAGCAGCGUCACUGCAGUCACCUUUAACUCGACAGGUUUUGUGAUUGUGAGCGCAUCACUAGAUGGCACAGUCAGGGCUUUCGAUCUUCACAGGUACCGGAACUUCCGCACAUUCACUUCCCCAAGGCCCACCCAGUUCUCCUGUCUGGCUAUUGACGCGAGUGGUGAGAUAGUGAGCGCUGGCUCCCAGGGCUCAUUCGAAGUUUAUAUCUGGUCCAUGCAGACUGGUCGACUGCUGGAAGUUCUAGCUGGGCAUGAAGGCCCAAUCAGCAACUUGAGUUUCAACCCUGUGCAAGGCAUUUUGGCCAGUGCCUCUUGGGACAAGACUGUAAAGAUUUGGGAUAUGUAUGAUAGCUGGAAAACUAAAGAAACACUCAUGUUAACCUCUGACGCUUUGGCAGUGACAUACCGUGCUGAUGGGAAGGAGCUCGCUGUGGCCACACUUGAUGGAGAGAUCUCGUUCUGGGACCCCCAGAAUGCAGUGCAAACAGGCUCCAUAGUCGGAAGGCAUGACCUGCAAAUGGGCAGGAAGGAAGUAGACAAAAUCACUGCUAAGCAGGCAGCCAAGGGAAAGUCCUUCACAUCUUUGUGUUAUUCAGCUGAUGGACAGUCUAUCCUGGCAGGUGGUCAGUCAAAGUUUGUCUGUAUUUACAAUGUUAGAGAACAGAUUCUCAUGAAGAAAUUUGAAAUUUCCUGCAAUCAUUCUUUGGAUGCAAUGGAGGAGUACCUGGACCGGAGAAAGAUGACAGAGUUUGGAAGUUUGGCUCUCAUUGAUGAAGGUGCAGGUGAUGGGGAUGCAGUAACUCUUAGUCUUCCAGGGGUGAGGAAAGGUGACAUGAGUUCUCGUCAUUUCAAGCCAGAAAUUCGUGUUACUUGCCUUCGAUUCUCCCCCACUGGCCGGAGCUGGGCUGCCACAUCCACAGAAGGCCUGCUAAUUCACUCCCUGGAUAGCAGGUUGGUGUUCGACCCCUUCAACCUGGACCUCAAUGUCACCCCCAGUAGUGUGCGCAGGCAGAUGCGGCAGCAUGAGCACACAGACGCCAUCGUGCAGGCAUUCCGCCUUAAUGAGAAGAAGCUCAUUCAGGAGGUGCUGGAGAAUGUGCCGUAUGCUGAAAUUGAAGUUGUGUGCACCUUGCUGCCUGACCUUUAUGUGGAGAAGCUGCUGAACUUCAUCGCCACAACCCUGGAGUCGUCCCGCCACCUGCAGUUCUACCUUACAUGGACUCUGAGGCUCCUCAAGCUGCAUGGACAAAAACUGAAAGCAAGGUCAAGCACAAUAUUACCCAUGAUCCAGUCCCUCCAAAAGAGCAUUCAGCGGCAUUUGGAAGAUAUUUCUAAACUCUGUGACUGGAAUCGCUACAAUAUCAGGUACGCUCUAGCAAUGUCUAAGCAGAGAGGCACGAAGAGGUCAGCUGAAAAACCUGUCAGUGAGGAUGAGGAAUCAGAUGAAGCAGCCAACGAACAAUCUACAGAAGAGAUUGGCAUGCAGAUAUAAGGACAUUCAUCCUUCAUCGCUUGCAGUCUGUUUUUACCAGUCCUUUUGAUUACAAUAAAUGCCUGAUAGUGCCUUUGUGGAGGCUGCUGCUUUUUAAGUUAGGAAGUACUUUCCCAAAGGAAACUGUGAUGCAACAUAUCAUUUCUAACAAGGUCUGUCUUUACACCUGCUUGGCAUUAAGCCACAGUGGCUUUAAAUGAAGACACAACACCCAUAACCAGAGCACCUGAUUUGUAAAGCUAGAGGAGACUCCUAGGCAAUUUCAGUGUGUUCAUUUUCUUCCUUUGUAUGUACUGUACUUCAGAUUCUGUAUUAAGGAAGACAUCAAUUUCAUACAAACAUGAAAACAGGUUUUUACUAUAAAAUUGUGCUUUAUUUUACUUGUCUGGCUAUUUAGACAUGUUUCCUAUUUUAGGCGUUAGCAGGGGAGCUUAAGCAAACCAUAACACUGAAGGCUUCAACCUGCAGUUUUCUUUGGUUUAUGCUCUCAUUAUACAGUUCUAUUGAUCAAAACUGUACAAGUUAAUUUCUUGAUUGUUUUUCUAUUUUUGUAUUCAUAUCAAAUUCCAUAUUAAUAAUGCUUUUUUAUGAAAUUUGUAUGCAAUGCAAAUGUGUGUGUUCUAUUGUUCCUGUGAUUUUUAUUAUGGAUCAGAACUCAAAAUGGCACUCAAUAUUUUUCCAUAAUUAUCCCUAAUGACUAGGGCUGCAUUUUUUUUUCACUGUAAAACUUGCUUAUUUCACUGUCAAAAAAAAAUAGGUAUUUCAAUAUAUUUCACGAUUAAAAAAUGUUUUAACAAAUGUUCCUACAUUUUGAAAUGCUUACCUGAAAAACUGUAAAUGCUAAAUUGUAGAAUAUUUUGUCUGCCCAUAAAGAUCUUUUAUUUAGCAUUAGUGAAUUAUCAAACAAAAUAAAAACAUAAAUAAAUGUAAAAAUAAACAAA